GUAGUUGGCCGGAAGUGGGUGUGUGAGGGCCGGGUGUUGCUGGAGGAGUCGGUGUCGCGGCUGCCCGCGGAUUUGGGGUUCGGUGACGCGGCCCCCGCGCUCGCCAGGCUCAGGGUGUUUCUGAUGCUUGGAAGCUAUUCUUUCAGCCACAAAGAUGGUAAUAAAUCUUUGCCUUCCACAGUUCAGACCAAGAAUUCACUGCAACAAGAUAUCAGCUGAUGGUUACGAAGUAGAAAAUCUCAUCUCUGAAGACCUCACAAAAAGAAGUCGUGGUUUUAGGACAGAGUAUUUCAUUAAACCACCAGUCUUUGUGACAGUUUCUUUUCCCUUUAAUGUGGAAAUCUGUAGGAUUAACAUAGACCUCACAGCUGGGGGCGGCCACAAUGUCACUGGCCUGGAAAUGUACACAUCUGCCUUGCCCAGCAGAGCAUCUUGGAGUACCCCAGAGUGCCAGACCCCAGGCCCAGCUGAGCCAUCCAUCCCAGACAAAGAGGCAUUCACCUUGGUAGGCAAAGUCUUGUUGAAAAACCAGAGCCAAGUGGUGUUUAGCCAUCGGGGCUUCAAGGCCAGGCCACCUUUUGGCCCAAUGGAAGCCACACUCCCCUCUCCUGCCAUUGUCGCCCAGGAGCUCUGGAACAAAGGGGCUCUUUCCCUUAGCCAUGUGGCCCAUCUCAAGAUCUGUAUCACCCACAUGACAGGCAGCGGUGUCCCUUGCAUGAAGCGGUUGGAAGUGUGGGGUCAGCCAGCCAAAACCUGCUCCCAGGAGGUGAUAGACAGUGUCCUGCUGGUUGCUUCAGAGAGCAUCCCUCAGGGCUUGGCUCUGCAGGCCCCGGCCUUGCCCAUGGAGAGUGACUGUGACCCUGGGGGCCAGUCCGAGUGCCACCAGGCCCCCUCCAGCCUGCAGGAGCUGGCUGAGAUAAUUCGGGAUGUACCUGAGGAGUUCUUGGAUCCCAUCACCCUGGAGAUCAUGCCUUGCCCCAUGCUGCUACCCUCAGGCAAGGUCAUCGAUCAGAGCACACUGGAGAAGUGUAACCGCAGUGAAGCUGCGUGGGGCCGGGUGCCCAGCGACCCUUUCACGGGGGUAGCCUUUACUCCACACUCCCAACCUCUGCCUCACCCCUCCCUGAAGGCGCGAAUUGACCAUUUCCUGCUCCAGCACUCCAUCCCUGGCUGCCGCCUGCUUGGGAGAGCACAGACUGCAGCGGCAGUGACCCCUUCUUCCAUUGUUACGCCUUCUCGGAAAAGGAAGAUGGAGCAGCCUGAACAGGCCCCAGACAGUAGCCUUGGUAUAAAUGCUUCCUGUUUUUCUACCACAAGCCCUCUGGUCUCACCCACUACCUCAGAGCACACCGCUAAGAAAAUGAAAGCUGCCAGUGAGCUUGGCCUGACACACAUGGACUGCUCAACAGGUAAUCUCAAUGGUCCAAUAUCCCAUGAGCAGAAGCUGUCACAAAGCUUGGAAAUUGCCUUGACGUCGACCCUUGGCUCCAUGCCCUCUUUCACGGCUCGGCUGACCAGGGGACAGCUCCAGCACCUUGGCACAAGAGGGAGCAACUCUUUCUGGAGGCCAGGUGCCAGCUUGGAGCAGCCUGGGAGCAACCUGGGCCCCGAGUGCGCUACCUGCAAAAGAGUGUUCUCUCCCUACUUCAAAAAGGAGCCGGUGUACCAGCUUCCCUGCGGCCACCUCCUGUGCCGGCCCUGCCUGGGUGAGAAGCAGCGCUCCUUGCCCAUGACAUGCACAGCCUGCCAGCGGCCGGCUGCCAGCCAGGACGUGCUGCGGGUCCACUUCUGAGCGAUCAACCUCAACGGGAGAAGACCCAUCUCUGGGAGGAGUCACAGCUCCCGAGGUCUGGCCAGGGCCCAGGCACAGAGUGGGGUGCGAGCGGGUCCCUGUGCUGCCUUUUCUUUCCCAGGGGUCUUUUCCUUCAUCACCUCGCAUAGUGUAACACACGAGGGUUGAGGGAGAGGGUACGACCCUCCUGCUUAAGUGGCAACAGGAUUACAAAGCCAUAGGUUGUGCUAGGAGGGAUGAGGGAGCUGUCCCUGCCGUCCUGUGCCUCCCUGCCACUCCCCCUGCCAGACCUCAGGGCCUCCUGGAGCCAGACCCACCCUGGGCAGGAGCACCCUGCUGAGGGCCCUAAGUUGUCUGCACACACCCCUUCAGGCUUGUCUGCACACCCCCUCCCGCGGGGCAGUUGUGAGCAGAGCACAGUGCACUGUGGCUCGGGACCUAUAGGAGCAUCUCCGCCUUCAGAGUGUCAUCCCGAAGUGAACCACACACAGGGGUCUGUGGGGUGAGUGACUCAUCCUCCCCACCCCCUGCACUGGGAGACCACUCUGAGCCUUAAUAAAGGAUUGUUGACAUCCGCUGUGGGCGUCUUCCUGGUGGCGUGCCUGUCUGUGUCGUCAUUAUCAUGUCCCCAACCCGCCCCCACACAGUGCUCCUCACAGGGCAGUGCACACAGCCAGGGGAGCCCCUCCCUCUGCUGUAAUUCCUGUCAAUGACUUUAAAGGACAGAAAUGCUCAUUUUCGGACCUGGCUGAUGUGUGAGGGCCCGGCAUCACGGGUUUGAAGGUGGGCCUGUGUUGGGGUGAGGCUGAAAAGCCUUCCUCCAGGGAGGGCCAGCCUGCACUCAGGCCUCUCUCUGGAGCUCUGGUGGGAGAGCUGGCAGUGCCAUCACUGCAUUGGGAAGGUGCCUUUUCUGCAUGAGGUCCAUUUCAGGAAAACACUUGUUCAUAGGCUGCUGAUUUUUCAUUCAAAAUUCAGCCGCAUGGAGCCCAGAGGGAAAAUAUGUAUGUCUACAACUGUAUUUACUGUAUUGAAUAGACUCUAGUCACUUGAAGAAUGUCAGUGAGAAAACACCAUGCUAUUCCCAGUUCCUUUCUGAGCACAUUUGGGAAGGAGCAGCCCAGAGAUGCUUUAAUAAUAUCUUAUCUCUGUGAUUAAUCACAGGCAACCAUGGACAGGCUGUGGGCUACACAUUCCUGGUCCCAGGAGCCCCAGGAGCCAGCCGACUGCUCUCUUCCUCUCACACAGGCCCGCUGCCGUCCCCGGAAACACAGAGGAGGAGGCUGGUGUUCUCUCUGGCUUCCCUGCUUUGCUUACAGGGCAGAUAGAAUUCUAGUCCUUACAAUUGCAGGAAGGUGGAGUUUGUUAAAAAUUUGGAUUCUUGGUCUUCAGUCCAGACCCCCAGAUUUAUAGUACCUGGGGUUGGAGUGUCCUGCCUAUACAGGCUAUUCACAUCCUUUGCUUGGGUGAGGCACGAAGCUCAUUCAGGGCAUGUGGCACUGGGCCUCUCUGAGGGCAGGAAAGCCAGUCUAAGGGCAGGGAAGCCAGGGCAGGCACCGCCACUGCCAGGGGAGGGGAGCAGAGCGGGAACCCUGCCCUGCCCUCCGCCUCCCGCUGCUGCUCCAGCCUCUAACUCUGCGGGCCAUUGUUCUUGUGCAGCCAGCCUUGGGCCCCUCUGCCCUCACCUACAAGGGCUAGGCCAUGGUAGUCACCCUUCAGUUGCCCCUCUAGCCCCUGGGCAGGCAGAAGGGGGGCCAGCCGGAUGUCGUCCUGAGGGAAGAAGAAGAACCAAAUUGCCAGGAAGAAGAGGAGCAGCUGCUCAGAGCUCACAGGGUACUCCAUCUGCCAGUGGACCUUGCAGUGUCUGGACCCUGGGGCAGAGCCGGCCCCUCUACCCCCUCCACGCCUGCCUUGCCCCCUCCUGUGGGUCUUCAGUCUAAGGCCUGCUGGGUGCUUCUCCGUUCCCCAGGAAGCAGGGGCCUCUGACGCCUAGGUUUGCUGUAUUAAGUAGGUCUGCAAACAAAGAAGUGUCCGUGGAAGAAAAUGCCCCACCUGGCUGCAAGGCUGCUGCUCAGCCUCCUACCUGUGGUAUUGUGAUGCUGGACUGGCUGCCAUUGUGAUGGCCACUGGGGUGGGAAUAGGGGGCUGCUUCAGGCUGGACCCCUCCUGCAGGGCACAUGUGUAUGGUCUGUGAGCAAGACCAGCCCCAGAGCAGCCCCCUCUGCUGUCUUCAUCGCAGCCCAGCCCGCGGGAGCCUUUGCCACUGUUGUAGCAGCUCACACAUGUAUCAUCUCUCAGGACUAGUUUGGAAGAGGGAUGGCUGGGGUGGGAGCCCUGGCUGGGCUGGGAAUUGGCCAAAGCUCUGCUGUUGAGUAGAUAGCCCCUAGGCACCUGUGACUUGUUACUGUCUAGUCGGCUCCAGCUCAUGGUGACCAUAUGUAUAACAGGAUGAAACUGCCCAGUCCUGUACCAUCUUCAUGAUCAUUGGUUUGUUUGAGUCCAACAUGUAGCUAGUUAAUUUAGUUCCUUGGCUACACCAGCUGCAUUUCAAGGUCUUAAUAGUCACAAUUGGCUGGUGGCUACCAUAUUGGCCAGAACAGAUAGGGAGCAUUUCCAUCACCACAGAAAGUUCUUUUGGGCAGUGUUGGGUCAAAAUAUGAACUUAGUGAGACUGGCCCUUACAACCCCCUUGUCUCCUGGAAAUGUUAGGAAACACCCUGACUUGGAGAAGGGGGCUGGUAACGGAUAGCAGAAUUAUGGGACUUCCAGAGGGAGAAUCAGAUGUGUGUGAACCUUCCUGCCUCCCUGGGCACAGGGCCGGCCCUGCUGUAAUGCACUCCCUCCCUGCAAAGAUGGGCCAGAAAUUACUCCAUCGGCCACUGUUGAUGGCCCAGAAGUGUGACAAGAUCUCACAGAGUAGCACAGGGAUGAGGUGGAGACGAAGACCGAAGAGGCAGCCUUGUGGUGGCAAAGUUUUUGCAUGAAGGUUUGCACCAAUAACAGAGUAAUGCCACCUAUGCAUAGGCACACUCUUCGGAGAGGUUACCAGCACCAAUUUGGUGCUUUUUCUUCCAAUGUUUUUCUAUAAAGAAAAAAUGUAUAUGUAUAUAGUGUGUGGUUCUGUUACCUGCUGUUUUACUUAGCAUUAUCUCAUGGACAUUGGCGUUAUCAUUAGGCACUCCAAAUAUAAAGAUCAUUUGGAAGAAUAAGCCAGAAUAACCAUGGAAACCCUGAGAAAGAACAGUUUGGAUGGCGAGAAUUAACCCAUGGAUAACUGAUCAAUAGGACAGAAAUAAAAAUCCAGAAAUAGCCCCAGCUUCAUUUGAAAAUAUCGUGCUCUAUGAAGGUGGCAUCACCAAUCAAUGGGGAAAGAUGGGCCUUUCAACAAGGGGUGCUUGUGAUCACUGGAAAAAUGAAACCAGCUAAGAACUAGAAGGAAAUGGGGGAAGUCCUUUAUGAUCCAGAGUAAGGAAAACCUGAUUCAAAAUUCUGAGACAGAGAAAAGAUUGAUAAACUUGACUGCAUUUUAAAAAAAAAAAAUCCGAAAAGUAAAAAGUCACAAACUGAGGAAAUGUAUUUGCAACUUUAUUACAAUGGUUAAUAUCCCUAAUAUACAGCUUCUAAAAAUAUUCACGAUUCAAAUGGCCUUAAAACAUGUAAAAAGAUGCUCUACCUUGCUCAUAAUGAAAUGAAUCCAAAUAAAAACCACACCGAAAUACUAUUUCUUGCUUAGCAGGUUGGCAAAAAAUCUAAACAUUGGAUCACAAUCUGCCAGUGAGGCUGUGGGCAAACAGGCCUAUCCUAUACUGCUGGUGGGAAUGCAGAAGGGAAUUUGACAAUAUCUAGCAGUUACAUAUGCAGUUACCCUUUGUCCCUGUCAUCCACUUCUAGGAUUCUAUUCCAAAGAUCCCCUGGCAAAAAUAUAAAGAGAACGAUUCCAACCCUACCAGCAAGUAGCCUGAGCAGGCAGGGCUGGGCCAUCGGAGGCUAAGGAGCCAGUAUUACCUCACUAUGGAGGGGCCAGCUAUGCCCAGCAUAUAGGCCCAGGAACACAUGAUUUACACAUCCGCAAUCUCGUGCAUACUGCAUCGUCAAAGAGAUUAUGGAGAUCUUGAAACCCAUCCGUGUUAAAAACGUCUGCAUUCAAAAGUUAAAAAAAAAAAGUAUGUAUGAGCACAGUGUCCUGGGCAUUGUGCUGAGUGCUGUCUAUGCAUUAUUUCAUUUAAUGCUCACAACUUUUUGAGGUAGGAGGAAACAGGCACAGUUACACAACUAGCUAAUCUGACUGACUCCAAGGCCACCAACUCCAAACUUCCGAGAUGCUCUGUGGGUUGCAUCACCUGCACAUUCUGUCACUGCAGGGCCUCUGAAGAUCCCUCCAUUGGGCAGGGUGUCAAAAUGGCGUGGCAGAGGUGGCUGACCACCUCUAACUUCACAAGGGGGAAGGGAAAUCAAGAUCAACAGCCCAAGGCUGAUUCCUAUGAGUCAGAGGUCAGACAUACCUCCUCUCUCCAACCUUUUUACCAAUUCUGACAUCAGCCAUCCCUCCCUUGGCACCCUCUACUUCUCUGCUGGGUAUGAUAACGUGUUGCAAUGACCACACAGAACUACAGACAAUACUCACAUUUAUAGGGCUUAUUAGGGAAGUAACAGGUUACAAUUCAGGUUCAGGAAUGCUCAGGAUACAGUUCUUCCAUCAGGACAGCCUCUUAGCCAUGCCCACAGGCAAGUCUCUCUCUGGCCCUAGGCCUCUCAGCCUAGCCUCUGCCCUGUUUGGCAAGUGUUACAAAGCUCUUUUAGCUCUGCCAAAAAGUGCCCAGAGGGCACCCCCCCCCCCCCGCCAGUAAGCCUUGGCCCAAAGGCACUCAGCUCUGUCUCCAUGGGUCGGCAAACCUAGCUCCACCAAGUACCUGGAGGCACCCUACUCCUGCAGGUGCUCAGCUUUCUCACUCUGGUCUGCCUCUGCUGCCAUUUAUUUCCCUGCUGCUGUUUAUCUCCAUCUUCGUUGUUACAGAUCCUUCUCUCUUGGUCUCCUGGUUCCAGGAGCUUCUCAGCACAGGGAUCCAGGGUCCAAAGGAC